AUUGGCGUUCAAGAGUCGAACUGAUUCAAGAUUUUGAGUUCCCAGAGGCAUCUAUUCGAGUGAAAACCACUAGAGAUGGACGUUUUGUAAUGGCCACAGGCGUUUAUAAACCUCAGAUUCGGGUGUUUGAAUAUGCUGAAAUGGCGAUGAAAUUUGAUCGCCAUACAGACUCGGAAAACAUUAACUUUGUGAUAUUAUCUGACGAUUGGACAAAAUCGGUGUUACUACAAAAUGACAGAACGAUUGAAUUCCAUACUCAAGGCGGUAUAUAUUAUAAAACAAGAAUACCAAAGUUUGGUAGAGACUUGGCUUAUCAUUAUCCCACGUGCGAUCUUCUAAUUACUGCUGCAUCAUAUGAAGUAUAUCGAUUAAACUUAAAUCAAGGGCGAUUUUUAAAUCCUAUAUCUACUGAUGCCACAUCCGGUGUUAAUGUUUGUAUAAUAAAUCCUGCUCAUCAACUUUUUGGGUUUGGAACACAAGAUGGUGUUGUAGAAUUUUGGGAUCCUCGAUCACGAUCUCGUGUUGGAUUGUUAGCACCUUCUUCUCCAGUAGAAGAUUCUAAUGAGCAGGGAUUUCAAGUUACGGCAAUGGCAUACAGACAUGAUGGACUUUCUUUGGCAGUAGGAACUUCAACGGGUCAUAUAUUAUUAUAUGAUCUAAGAAGUUCUUCACCAUGGUUAGUCAAAGAUCAUCAAUAUGGUUACCCGAUAAAAACCAUAAAUUGGUAUGAUAAUGCUACAGGUGACGGAGGUCGAGGAAAAGUAAUUAGUGCAGAUUGCAAAAUUAUGAAAAUAUGGGAUCGAGAAAAUGGUGCUCAUUUUACCUCGGUGGAGCCUAACACAGAUAUCAAUGAUGUGUGUGUCGUGCCCGAUUCAGGAUUAAUUUUUAUGGCUAAUGAAGGUAUACAAAUUGGUGCAUAUUAUGUACCUUCAUUGGGCCCUGCACCAAGAUGGUGCUCAUUUUUGGACAACUUAACAGAAGAAAUGGAAGAAAAUCCACAACCAAAUAUUUAUGAUGACUAUAAGUUUGUUACGAGAAAAGAACUGUCAAACCUCGGUAUGGAUCAUUUGAUUGGAACUAACGUCAUGAAACCGUACAUGCAUGGGUUUUUCGUUGAUUUGCGAUUAUACGAACAAGCAAAACUUAUAUCAAAUCCAUUCGCUUAUGCGGAAUAUCGAGAAAAAGUUAUUAAAGAGAAAUUAGAAGCGAAACGCGAGUCACGUAUACGUGCAACUAAACAAUUGCCUAAAGUUAACAAAGAUUUAGCAAAUCGAUUGUUACAUUCAUCUGAGAAAAAGAAGAAAGGAGGCCAGGACGCGACAAACCUUCUCCAAGACAAAAGAUUUAUCGAACUAUUCACCAACCCAGAAUAUGAAGUUGAUAAGAACACUACAGAAUACCAAAUGUCCCAUCCUACUGGUUUCACAGUAUGUUUACAAGAGACAAUAGCACUAUUAUUGUCAUUACAUAAGAACACGCAUGACAUAACAGCUUGUUUUAUUUGUGCACACGCUUGUAUCACUAAGAAAACUGGUGAGACCAUUUUUGGUGAACAUUCCGCAGCCUCCACACAAAUGGCACCCACGAAACUUCAAGAUACUGAAGUAGAACGCCAUGUUGAUGGCAAAAAUAAUUCAGGGAUUGCAACUGUGCCAGGACUUAACAUUGCAGCGGCGAAGACCACAGUCGCCGUUACUAGUGUACUUCCCAAAAUCGACGACGAUCAUGCUGCUCAACAUGGAAAUUUGCAUAUAGCAAAAAAUUUGAUCGAAAAUGGUCGAGUUAAGGCAACAGACCGAGACACACAGAAUGUUACCCCUUUGCAUUGGGCGGCUAUCAAUAAUCAUGUGGUAAUGGCGAAAUAUUUAAUUGAUAAUGGAGCUGAAGUAGAUGCUCGUGGUGGUGAACUGGACGCUACUCCAUUGCAUUGGGCAGCAAGGAGUGGCCAUCUAUCAAUUGUAACUCUUUUAGUUAACCACGGAGCUGAUCCUAGUAUUCGAGAUUCUCAAGGAUUUAAUGGGCUGCAUAUUGCUACGCAUUCUUCUAACACUAUGCUAGUAUUAUAUCUCAUAUAUCAUGAUAUGGACAUUGAUACUCCAGAUGUUUUACAACAUACGCCUUUAAUGUGGGCUGCUUAUCAAGGAGAUCCACAAACUGUAGAGUUAUUAAUUAACUUGGGUGCAUCAGUAUCCAAAACUGAUGCUUCGCAAUUUACUCCCUUGCAUUGGGCAAUGAUUAAAGGAAACCCGUUAUGUCUAAGAAAGCUAAUAGAGGCUGGUGCGAAUAUAAAUGCAAAAGAGGAUAGUGGGAAGACUCCUUCGGAUAUUGCACGAGAGAUGAAGGCUGAUAGGGUAUGGGAAAGGGCGUUACAUGAAUCAGGAAUAAAAGGAGACAGGAAGAUGAAGUCGUAUAUUUUUGGAAAGCGUAUUACUUUUGCUAUUAUAUAUCUCCUCCCAUUCUUUCUUAUAUUUGCAAUAUUAAAAACUUUAGUUUAUUAUCCCUGGUACAUUGGGUUGCCUAUAUCUCUAUUGGAAUUUUCAACAUGCUACGUGUUAAUAGUAAAAAUUCUCAUAAGAGCACAAACACCAGAUGCUAUGAUUCGAACACCUUAUCUUACGGGCUUAUUUCAAGCAAGCGCUUUUUGGGUUGGCUUCACAUGGGUUUACAAAUUAUUACUUGAUUUUAUAAUUUCCACACCUCCAUAUAUACCAAAUUCAUCAGACUCAUGUUUUUUGAAUGAUACUCUAUGCGGAUUUUUCCAUUAUGAUAUGUGGACUGCAUCCAUAGCUAUUUGGAUUGGAUUAAAUCUUAUCUGGAUAGUAGGAUUAAUAUUCACGCAAGGGUAUCAAAUUGCUAAAGCUAAAACUACUAACGAAAUGGCCAAUUAUCAUCGAUACUCUUAUUUUGGGAAUUAUAAUAAUAUAAAUGUCCGAGAGCAGAUUAUGGCAACAUUAGCAGCUGCACCUAAAAAUAAUUUUGGGAAUGGUGAUCACAGACUUGGUAUGAGAUAUAGUAGUCUUGGUUCUCAACAUACAGCUGCAUCCCUGAGAAUGUUUAGUGGAAGAGGGACAACACGUCGAAAACAUCUUAAUGACCGUACAAAUGGAAAUCCCUUUGAUUUUGGAUGUUGGAAUAAUUGUGUGGAUUUCUGGUCACAAGGACAUGGUGGAAUGAUGCAAAAGAUAGAUUGGCGCGAACUGUAUGAUGUUCCAUUUGAAAGGUAUGGUAAUUUAAAACCAAGAAAUGGUUAUGUAGAUAUAAGGGACGAUGAAGUUGUUUAA